AUGUUUGACUCACUGCUCCAAGUAGGUAAGGUAGUCGAUGGAGCACCAGCUAUCGGCCAUUUGCACUGCGACUUUUUCACCUUACUGUCACCGUCCCGCUGGCAAGAGAUCCGCUUCUUUUUCCCCGUACAGCACAUACUAUUACCACCCCCGUACCCUCAAAUCCCCGCAAAAGUCGCAGACAUGCCCUCCUCGGCAGAACAACCCCCCUCCAAGAAGAGGAAGUUGAGCCCCGAGCUUGAGAACCACGACCCAACAACCACAACAAAAGCGACUACAGCCGCACCUUCAACGACCGACAAACUCCAAGACACAACACCGCCCGACGAUACAAAUCUCGUUCACGGCCCAAACAAUGAACAAAGCGACACUCAAAGCCGACGAGAAGCGUUUGAGUGUCUAAUCGACUUCUACAACGAAGGCGACCUCCACGACGACGACAAAGACAACACCCGCAGAACUUACUCCCUCCCCCCACCACCAGGUUCCGCCCCGACAGAGGAACUGCUGUGGGAAGCCUUCCUGGCAAAAGUGGAGGAGGCCGACGACCAGCUUAUCGAGCACAUCCGCUGCCACCGUGAGCAGCGUAUUCAGAUGACUGUCUUGGAGGAGCAGAGACAGAGGGACCAGAGACGAAUGGGGGAGUUGGCGGUGAGAAAUGGAGAGUUGAUCACGCAGUUAAGGGAGCAGGGUGAUCGGGAUGGGAAAAGGAUUGAGGAGCUGGAGGAAGGGAUUAGGGAGGAGAAGAAGGAAAGGGAGGGGGAUUGGAAGUGGAUUAAGGAGUUGGAGGGGCAGUAUAUGAGGGAUCGGAGACGGAUAGGGGAGUUGGAGGCCGAGGUUAGGGAGUUGAGGGCGAGGGGGAGAAAGAGGGGGAAGUUGAGGGUUUUUUUGCCGAGGGUUGGAUCUGGGGGGACGGUGGAGAUUGAACCGGAGGAGGGGGGGGUGGUGGUUGUUGAUAAGGGGGUGGUGGAGGUUUUGAGGAGGGCUUUUGGGAUGGAUAAGUAG